GCGCGGGCUCAGGCGGGCGCGGAGCGGGUGGCGGUGACAGGCGGCGCGAGCCGGCAUCCCCCUCCCCCGCGCGGCGCGCCGCCGGCCCCACCAUGGAGCCCGCCGUGUCGCUGGCCGUGUGCGCGCUGCUCUUCCUGCUCUGGGUCCGCGUGAAGGGGCUGGAGUUCGUGCUCAUCCACCAGCGCUGGGUGUUCGUGUGCCUCUUCCUCCUGCCGCUCUCUCUUAUCUUCGACAUCUACUACUACGUGCGCGCCUGGGUGGUGUUCAAGCUCAGCAGCGCGCCUCGGCUGCACGGGCAGCGCGUGCGGGACAUCCAGAAGCAGGUGCAGGAAUGGAAAGAGCAGGGCAGCAAGACUUUCAUGUGCACGGGACGCCCUGGCUGGCUCACUGUCUCGCUGCGGGUUGGGAAGUACAAGAAGACACACAAAAACAUCAUGAUCAACCUGAUGGACAUUCUGGAGGUGGACACCAAGAAACAGAUUGUCCGUGUGGAGCCCUUGGUGACCAUGGGUCAAGUGACCGCCCUGCUGACCUCUAUUGGCUGGACGCUGCCUGUGUUGCCUGAGCUCGAUGACCUCACAGUGGGGGGCUUGAUCAUGGGCACGGGCAUCGAGUCGUCAUCCCACAAGUACGGCCUGUUCCAACACAUCUGCACUGCCUAUGAGCUGGUCUUAGCCGAUGGCAGCUUUGUGCGAUGCACACCGUCGGAAAACUCAGACCUGUUCUACGCUGUGCCGUGGUCCUGUGGGACCCUGGGCUUCCUGGUGGCCGCCGAGAUCCGCAUCAUCCCCGCCAAGAAGUACGUCAGGCUUCGGUUUGAGCCGGUGCGGGGCCUGGAGGCUAUCUGCGACAAGUUCACCCGGGAGUCCCAGCGGCUGGAGAACCACUUCGUGGAAGGGCUGCUCUACUCCCUGGAUGAGGCCGUCAUCAUGACGGGGGUCAUGACAGACCAGGCAGAGCCCAGCAAGCUGAAUAGCAUUGGCAACUACUACAAGCCCUGGUUCUUCAAGCACGUGGAGAACUACCUGAAGACAAACCGGGAGGGCCUGGAGUACAUUCCCUUGAGACAUUACUAUCACCGCCACACGCGCAGCAUCUUCUGGGAGCUCCAGGACAUCAUCCCCUUUGGCAACAACCCCGUCUUCCGCUACCUCUUCGGUUGGAUGGUGCCUCCCAAGAUCUCCCUCCUGAAGCUGACCCAGGGCGAGACCCUGCGCAAACUGUACGAGCAGCACCACGUGGUGCAGGACAUGCUGGUGCCCAUGAAGUGCCUGUCACAGGCGGUGCACACCUUCCACAAUGACAUCCACGUCUACCCCAUCUGGCUGUGCCCGUUCAUCCUGCCCAGCCAGCCGGGCCUGGUGCACCCCAAGGGAGAUGAGGCCGAGCUCUAUGUUGACAUUGGAGCAUAUGGGGAGCCACGCGUGAAGCACUUUGAAGCCAGGUCGUGCAUGCGGCAGUUGGAGAAGUUCGUCCGAAGCGUGCAUGGGUUCCAGAUGCUGUAUGCCGACUGCUACAUGAGCCGGGAGGAGUUCUGGGAGAUGUUCGACGGCUCCCUGUACCACAGGCUUCGGGAGCGGCUCGGCUGCCAGGACGCCUUCCCUGAGGUGUACGACAAAAUCUGCAAGGCCGCCAGGCACUGAGCCUGGGCCCGCCCGGAAAGAGACAGACAUGUGGGUGGGCCCUGUCCCCAGGUCCAGGAGGCAUCUUCUCUUCACUCAAGCUUGACUGCUCUCCCAGAUCCACGCUUCCAGAAAGAACCCCCUCCAGAAAUCCCACCCGGACUGCCUCGACAGCUAGCUCUGGCUCCCAGAGGCAGCCGAGUGGAGGGCAAAGGACGUGGGCUCUGGAGUAAGACAUACCUGAGUCCCGUUCCCAGUUCAGCCCCCCGUGAGCUGCGUGACUCUGGGCGAGUCACCCAGCCCCUCCGGACCCAGCUGUCCAUCUGUUGAAGGGGGGUCACAGUGCCUGCCCGCAGGCUGUGGGCAUCGGGGUCCGGCGGCGGUCUGGCGGGAGGUGCUGAGGGCCGUAGCUGCGCUGACUCUGGCUUCCCGCUCAGCCCCGAGUCCAGGAAGCCCCCACGUGAGGUCACCUGGGCGCAGGUCUGGCUGGAAGGGUGAGGGGAUGCUCCAGAGUCGCACCUGCCACUGCUUCAGUCGGCCAGACACACCCCUCAAAGACAGACGGAAGGAACGUUCCUCUCCCCGGGGUCUCCGGAGGGCAACAGAUGGGGCAGGCAGGCCCAAGACGUGCUGUGCCAAAGCCAGGUCCCAGUCCAAAGUUCCUUGUGCUGUCCUUGGGGACGCCCUGCCCCUUCCUCCUUCCGGCCCAGGCUUGCGGGCCCACCGCAGCCAUCACCCAGGUCUCAGAGAAGACCGUGUCCUCAAAGACACUUCAUGGCUGCCUCCUGUCCCAGCCCAGGCGGUGUGGCUCCCGCUCUGACCUGGGGCCAGAGCACCUGCACCCAUCCUUGGCUCCCCGACCCUCCGUGCCUCUUUUGGGCCCCAGAGCCUGCCUAGUCACGGGGCGGGGG